CCAGUGUAGUCCCCAGUCAAAACACUGUGAAAUUCUCUAGAAAUCCGUAGCGGAAAAUGAGUUCAUUUAUCUUUUAACUGAAACAACAUCAUCUAUUUCCGUUGAAUCCUGGCUGUAUCAGGAAGAAUGUUUCUCGAGAAUUGCUCAGAUAGGUUUGAGGGGAAAAAAAUGCAAAUUGCCCUUUGUGUUAGCUUUGCGUCAAGAAAGCAUCCACACCGUACUGUUGUAUAUAAAUGUCUGUCAGAUAGACACUUGAGAGACAGAGGGAGAGAGAGAGAGAGAGAGAGAGAGAGAGAGAGACAAACAUAGAGAGUGACAGAGAGAGAGAGAGUGGUUUAAGAUUAGUACCUAGUACUAAGGACCAGUUUAAGCUUGAUCAAUGGCCUCAUGUCCAGCUCUUUUUGAGGAUUAUCUUCAGUGUCCUGUGUGCCGUGAUGUCUUCAAGGAUCCGGUGCUCCUGAUGUGUUCUCACAGCUUCUGUCGGCUCUGUCUGGAACAGUUCUGGCAACUCACCGAGGUUCCCACAUGUCCUCUGUGUAGAGCGAGCUCAUCAGUGAAUCAUCCUCCAUGUAAUCUCGCUCUGAAGAACCUGUGUGAGGCUUUUGUACAGGAAUGUAACCAGACAGCUUCAGCUGGAGCUGAGAUACUCUGCGAACUGCAUAACAAGAAGCUCACACUCUACUGCCUAGAGGAUAAACAGCCUGUGUGUGUGGAGUGUCAAACCUCAAAAAUACAUGAUAAGCACUGCUUUAAACUGCUCGAUGAAGUUGCAGUGGACCUGAAGUUGGACUUGAAAAGAAAACUGGCACCACUGAAGGAGCGACUGAAACUCCUCAGAAAUGCAAAACACACUUGCUUUCAAACUGAGCAUUAUAUUAAGUGUCAGGCCCACUACACAGAGUCUCUGAUCAGAAGGGAGUUUGAGAAGAUUCACCAGUUUCUUUGGGAUGAAGAGUCCACCAGAGUGUCUGCUCUGAGGGAAGAAGAGAAGCAGAGAGCUCACGCAGCGGUGAUGAAGAUGACCCAAAUUAACAGAGACAUUUUAGUCCUCUCUGACAAAGUUGCAGCUAUUAAAGAAGGCAUAGAAGCCAACAAUAUUUCAUUUCUGCAGAACCAUGAAGCUACUGUUAAAAGAGCUGAGUGUGAGCAGAAGGAUCCUGAGAUCUACUCUGCAUCACCGAUUGACGUAGCAAAGCAUCUGGGCAACCUGAAGUUCAGAGUGUGGGAGAAGAUGCUGAGUAUUAUCAAAUACACUCCUGUUGUCCUUGACCCCAACACCGCUCACUCCUGUCUGUACCUGACUGAGAAUCUGACCAGCAUGGAGCUUCGGAACGGCAAUCCAGAGCUUCCAGUAAGCCCACUGAGAUUCACUGACUAUUCGAGUGUCCUAGGCUCUGAGGGAUUUGAUUCAGGUAAACACUGCUGGGACAUCGAGGUGGGAAACAGCUCAGCCUGGGCCGUCGGUGUGAUCUCCGAGUCUGCGUAUAAGCACAGAGAAAUCCUCUCAAAGCAGGGUCUAUGGCAUAUAGGUUACUACAAGGGGAAAUAUGGACAAGGCUUGUCAGAUGAGAUGCUUACUCCUAUCAGUGUGAAGGAGAAACUCCAGCGGAUCCGAGUGCUGCUGGACUGGGAGGGAGGCUAUGUCGCUUUCUUCGACUCUGUCAAUGAUACUCAUGUGCAUACCUUUGUACACACGUUCACUGAGCGAGUGUAUCCAUACUUCUGUAACGCCUGCCCUGAUAAAGCUCUGAGAAUUGUCCCAGUGGGACUCUCUAUUACUGAAGAGUAGUGUGGAUAUGAAAGAGGUUUCAUAACUCUAAAUAGAGCUGCACAAGUUAACAUAAUCAUAUGCAUGAACCAUCAUGCUGUGGUGACAUUUAUUUAGCAUUUCUUUCUAUUUCAGUGUUUAAAGAAUCCACUCAAUGUGAAUAAGGAGCAAUGUGAAUAUACAUACUGUGACACAAGACGGAGAAUUUUGAACAAUUUGAAACAAAGAAAGCAAAUGUUUGUGAUAUUGAGCAUGUUAGCGCCUUGGUGCAAAAGCGUCUCAUCUCUUCCACUGAAGCACAUGUUUAGACGACACUCCAGUGGAUCUAACAUGGAUCAUCAAAUUUUACACAAACUUGUGAAGAAAAAGGGGGAUGUACCAAAUACUAAAAAAGUCUGAAAUUCAUAUAAAUAUUUGUAAGAUUCUACUUCUUACACAAUUUGUUGCUGGUCAUAUACUUUGGAAUGAAAAAUUAAAUAUUAAAUAAGAAAAGAUAGCAAAGUUUUACUAGUGGUCUCAAGUAUUUGGACUCCGCUGUGCAUAUAAAGGAAUACACAUACAGCAUUGGUAUUAUAAUGUACAAUGUGAAUGAAAAGCAUCAGUGUAUUAUUUAUGAGUGAACAAAAGACAUCUCAAGACAUUUUUACUCUGAAAAUCAAGCCUGUAUAUUUUCAAUAAAUUGUUGUAUAGAAAUGUGCCUUUCUCUGCCUAUUCAUUUUCACAGAGACUUGUUACAAACCAUUAAUAUUCAUAAAACAGACUGCUGAUGUCGAUUAAUUCUAUUUUAUUAUUAUAUAAUAGACUUCCCAGUAGUUCACCACUAGUUUUCUUAGUAUUAAGAUUAGUUUAUGUUAGCUUAUUACGGUAAAAUUAGCAGGGUUGCGGUAUGCUUAAGCUAAGGAGAAGCGUGUCAUUACAAACGGUGUCAAUACAUGUCAUUACAAACGUCAUUACAAACAGUGUUUUGUAACCUGUUGCUAUAUUUUGGAGUUCAGGUCACCUGUAGCUCUGACUGUAGUCAUGCUGCUAAGUGGUAGCUCUGCACUAGCUCUGAAGUGAGAAGAAGAAAGGGGAAAGAUGGUUGAAUGACAGUGUAAAUUAUUGUAAAUACUGUAUCACACAGCAUUUUAUGACUUUGUUUGUACAUCCUGGCAUGCAUGCAUACAUGCACAUGAAUAGAACUUGCACUGUAUGUUAAUUACAGCCAUUGGCCAAUCACAAUGAGUGAUUUAAAUGAAUCUCUUGUAUGAUGUUUGUGAUUAACCUCUAAAUUAACCGCUUGUGUGAUCUCUGUGAUUUUCCAUGGCAUGUAAGAAAUA